GCCGCAAUGGCAAAAGGCGAUGACGCCUUCCAGCUUGUACCGCGGGCAAUUAUGGUCUUCCAUGAUACCCCAAAAAUGGUUUCAAAACAGAAAUUGGCGCCUUCGGAGGACCCAACUUCUGGAUGACCUUUGCCCGCUUCGGCUUCUCCAACCUCGGGCUUCCGUCCGUUCUUCCCCGCCUCCGCCGUCAAUGAAUGAAUAAAUGGAUGGAUGUCAAGAGCCAGUAAUUCUUGUAUGAAUGGACGUCCAUCAUGACCGGCACAAACUCUCGGAUCCCAAUGUCAUAUUCAUUCGACCUUCGUGCGCCCAUCAUAAGAGACAGUACAACAACCGUGUUACCGACCACAUCUGCAACAUCGCCGGGCUUCUCCUGCAACUCGCCCGAGGAACCCACCACCCAAGACGGUCAAGAUCACGACGAUGCCCAAUCCCAAGGAUCGGGAAAACGACAGCGGCGACUGACCACCACCGACUUUACUCGCAGGAAACGCGCUGUGACAGCCUGUCAAUUCUGCCGUGUCCGUAAGACAAAGUGCGAUAAUGUUCGUCCAACAUGUGGCUUUUGCGUGCGGCAUAGAGCCAAGUGCAUCUAUUUAGACGCAGACAGUGAGACGGGAGAUGAGGGGGUGGAAGAUGCAGUUUCCAAUCGUCAAAUACUGGACCGCCUGGAUGAAAUAAAGGAGAUACUCCAGAAGACCAACGACUCACCUCAACCUUUCUCAGACAUUGAGCCUAUACUCACUAAUACCGAAGCCCCCCAGACACCUGCAGCUGGCAGUCCAUGGACAAGGUUCUCUGCUGGUGCACAAUACGAAACACAAAAGGCAUCACAAGUGCAACCGUACGAAUCUGAACGACUUCCCUUUGCUGCUCUACGUUGUGAAUCCCUGCUUCAAUGGCCGGCACUCUGCAACAUUAUCCCGAGCGAUGCCCGUGACGUUGACUCGUUCCCACUAAGUCCGGGGUACAAAGAAAGCAGUGUACAGAAACCAAACAGUACUGGGAAGGGUAUCGAUGAAUCCUCAUUUGUCACCCUGUGCCGAAAGUUUCUUGCACAUGUGCAUCCCCGAAAUCCGGUUCUGGACGGACAGCAACUCAUAAGGCAUGCUCGUACUACAGAAGAAAAUGGUCUGAAAUGGGACACUUCAUCCUGCCUCGUUCUUUUGUCAUGUGCUCUGGCUGAAUAUACUGGCUUUUGGAUAAAGCCAAAUGAGUAUCUUGUCCCGCCAACUCGGGAGCAGCUUCGACAAAGAGACGACCCCGACCAGGGUCCCAGGGCUGAACCAUACUAUGCAGCAGCGCAAAAGAGGAUGGGUCUUCUUGGGAAUACUAUUGAAGAUAUUCAGUGCUUUGUCUUGGCGACCAUAUUCGAGAAAUUUGCCUUUCGCCCGUUGAGGGCCUGGUACUACGUUCAACAAGCCUGUUCCCGUCUGGAGAUUCAUCUGCGCCAGCGUGGUGAAAGACCUCGAGUACCUUUUCGGCAAAACAACCCAGCAGACUAUCAUUUAGAGCAGAGACUCUUCUGGACCUGCUUUCGAGCAGAAAGUGAGCUUGUCUUUGAACUAGGAUUGCGACCAAGUGCCCUCGAGAGUUUCUCAUACCCAGAGCCGCUUCCAACACCCCCGGAAGGCCUAUUAGCUGGAACUGGACAGACUCCAAGAAGUGAAGGCUCGCAUAUCGAUCAGGAUGAAGAGCAACGCUAUGUUGACGAGCGAGGGUGGUACUACUACCUGUCCGAAAUUUCCAUCCGGCGUACGGUAGACGAGACCUUGAACCUUUUGUACAGAAAUGGGGAAGAGUAUUGGAUGAAGCACCCAACAUACUUGAUUCGUCAGUACCAUGAAUCUGAGCAACAGAUAUCGCAGUGGCAUUACCAUCUUCCUGCUGCAGUUCAGUUUGAAAACGAUAAACUUCCAGAAGAGGAAUUUGCAUCUGCUCUUCAAGGCAGGGCAUCCCUUUGGCAAGAGUAUACGCUUCGCCCUAUCUUUUAUUACCUGCUGCACUGUCCUCAAGAUGAUCCUGUCUUUCCUCAGGCGCAUAUCCUUGCGCUCAAAGAACUCGAUAUCUGCGCCAAAAUGAUCCAUCGUCUCGCUUUCCAAGGGCGUCAUGGCGGUACAUGGCUAAUAUCUCGUAAGAUCUUCCUAAGCGCCUGUAUCGUUCUUGCUGCUGCCUCUAAUCCGCACCGAAUUCAUCCUCCUGAUGAGUGGCAGAUGCUCAUUGAACUUGCAAUACACACACUGGAGCGUUGGGCAGUGGAUGCUGUUGACGUUGGGCAGAUGGCCGAAAUUUUGAGACAUAUGUAUCACCAAGUAUGAACAAUAAUGCAUCAACUUAGUUUAUAAGUAAUAAUUGAAUGAUCUCCUAAUAUACAUAGCUUGU